CUUGAAGCGCCUGCGUAGUACCGAGUUGGGUCGUGCCGUCGCCGCGCGCUAGGUGUGCAAGCAUGCAUACCAUUGCCAUGGUUGUCAGGACUUGGUAGACCGCCAUGCUGAUGUGCUUUGGGUAUCCGACUUGUCUGCGGCGUGCGGGAGAGACGUGUCGAAGUUUGUUGCAUCGAAGAAUAAUUUGGUGACAAUAGAGUCACGAUGACCGCACAAGUUCGAACAAAGCCCCGCUUUCCCGCACUUGCUCAGCCGCUUGCAACCCAACUAUCCAGCCAACACGCGAAAGUUGGGCGCUAACUAGGGGACUAAUGGACACUUGAUGGUCUUACUAGCACGAGCAGCAAGCAACUCCGUCGCUACCUGUUGAUAAUGUCUCCUGGACUCCGGACAUCAUCUGAGUAUGCUCGUCAUGUGCGGCACAGCGAGGACGGGACAUCCGCUUUGACUGCCUUUGACCAAUCAUCUUCGCUGUCAUCCGUUUGCUCUCCCGUGGAUACGUUCCACCCCGGUGGUAUGUGAACAGUAUCGCACAGCUGCAUUUUUCCCAAACACAACCCAAGACCCCUCCGCAUCUGUUUGGACAUGCUACCCAUCAUCCGCACCUCAAACGUCAGCCAAACCAGGCACCAGCAGUCAGUUCUUCCCCCCACAGCUGCGGCUUAGAAGCGUGACAGAUAAGGUGCGUUUGUCUAUCGACCUCACACACACAGAACAAAUUAACCGAUAUUGUCGACGACACAGGGAGUGCUCACGUUGCUACACUUGACGCUCGCUCAAGGACACACACCCAUGUCGUCGAGCUCGUUGUCGGCAACUGACAGUCGUUCGUGGGCAUAUGAAGACUACGCUCCGUCAGCACAUGAGAUUCACUCGCUUGUCGCGACUGUAAUCGUGGCGAUCGGUGCUCUGGUGGCCAUUAUCGGCCUGCUGCAAAUGCCGAGUUUGGGCAAGAUUCAUCUAACGAGCGCAUUUGCAGUCUCGAUCUUCCUCAUCGACGUCAUUGUGUACUUGGUGGCCAUCGGCACCGGGUUGCUCGUCUGGCUCGCCUCCAACUUUGGCUCGUGGGAGGCACGGUACUCGCGGCUUUGGAAGGCCAAGGUCCUCGCCGGCCUCGCCAUGCCUGUGUCCUCGAUCUUCACACUCUGCCGCAUGCUCAUGAUCUUCAUUCACUGCCAGCGGGCCGUCGACCGCGAUCACGACCACCACAACGAGGGCUGCUGGGGCAACCUCGACACCGUCCGCACCACCAUCAUCCUCCAGUUUGUCGGCUCGAUUAUCAUCGACAUCGGUCUGUUCUGGGCCACCUACAAGGCUCACACCCGCCGCCUUGCUGUUAUUCUCCUCCUUGAGACCGUCGACCGCCGCAUGGCCGAGGCUCAAAUGCCGCUCCUCGCCUCGGACUCGGCCGCAGACUCGGGCAUCGGCUCGGACUCGCGCGCUAUGUCGUCGUCGAACCUGUGAACACCGACUACCACCCGCCGCAGCCGUGCAUCUGCCGCCGCUGCCGUUGUGUGCUACAACCUGUUACCCACCACCCGCCGUCAUCCCCCUCCGGACCCUGCCUUGUCGAGAAUGGCCAUGGCGUGCUUGGGCAGCAUCGACUUGAUGUGGUCAUCUUUGUAGCCAAGAGCCCUCAACUGUUCAGCCAUUUGCAUUGUCACCAUCAAAGGAAUUCCCCUUGCC